CUCUCUCUCUCUUGUACUCUUAGGGUUUGUCUUUUUCGUUGUUUCUGUGUUUCAGUCUCAGAGGAACAAAGAGGAUUUUGCAGAGUUUAAAAGGGGACACAUUAUCCACUUAUAAGGAAUGAAUUUAGAUAAUAUCUAAGAUAUCCGACAAUCUUCAAUCAUGGGGAAUGCAGACGCGGAAGCUUCAACAAAGACACCAAAGUCGUCUUCAGCUCAGGAGCAGCCUCUGGCUAGCAGCCCUGCCACAGUUUACCAUGACUGGGCUUCACUUCAGGCAUACUAUAACUCCGCUGGAACCCCCCCAAUGCCACCACCUGGGUUCUUUCCUUCUCCUGUUGCGUCCAGUCCUCAAGGUCAUCCUUAUAUGUGGGGACAGCACCUAAUGCCUCCAUAUGGCACACCGCCACCUCCAUAUGUUGCCAUGUAUACGCAUGGGGGUCUCUAUGCACAUCCAUCUCUCCCGCCGGGAUCUCAUCCAUAUAGCCCCUAUGCAGUGCCUUCCUUGAAUGGAACAGCUGAAGCUUCUGUUCCUGCUGGUGGCAAAGAUGGAGAGGAUAAAGCAGGUGACCGCAAGAGCAGGAGUCCUCUGAAGCGAUCUAAAGGAAGCUUAGGAAGCCUGGGUAUGCUUACCGGCAAGGGAAAUGAGAUGGGAAAGGCAUCUGGGGCAUCUGCCAGUGGUGGCAUUUCUCAGAGUGGGGACAGUGGAAGUGAAGGUUCAAGUGAAGGAAGUGAUGCGAAUUCACAAAAUAGUUCUCAGCAAAAGCUAUCUGGUGAACAAGGUUCAGCUGAUGCUGUGGCCCAGAAUGGGAGCACUGCUUGCAGUGUCUCAAAUAUGGUUACACAGACGCCUCCAACCCAAGGGAUCUUGAACCAAAGUAUGGUAAUGGCUGUUCCACCGAAUGGUGUCUCUGGUCCAACAACAAACCUGAACAUUGGAAUGGACUAUUGGGGAGGGUCUGCACCAACAUCUGUUGCUCCAGCCCGAGGCAAGGUCCCUGCUUCUGCAGCCAUAGUCCCUUCCGGUCAAAUAGAAACUCGAGAUGGUGUUCCUACAGAACUCUGGAUACAGGAUGAACGAGAACUUAAGAGGCAAAGAAGGAAACAGUCAAACAGGGAGUCAGCACGGCGUUCAAGAUUGAGGAAACAGGCUGAGUGUGAAGAACUUGCCCAGCGUGUGGAAACACUAAGAGAGGAAAACAGUUCACUCAGAGAAGAGCUGGAGCGUUUGCGGGAAGACUGCGAAAAACUGACAUCGGAGAAUGCCUCUCUAACUGAGAAACUUCAGAAACAUAAGGGACAGGACUCUGGAGUGGAUGGUAUUAAUGAUCUUCCAGAUUCCGAUCCCCAAACAGUGGCUAACACAGAUCCAAUGGAAAAGAGAUAGUUGAGAGCUGGUAAUAUGAAGUUUGAACACGUCGUAGAGCUGACCUCUGGUGGUAUUAGUUUGCCCUCUGUUUCCCUCUUCUUUUUUUUUUGUGCAGGAGAGAGGGGUCGCUAUAGGAUUUAGAUGUAAUGGGAUAUACAGGUGGCUAUUCAAUUACAACUAAUUAAAGGGUUAUAGAGAUAAUGUAUUAUUAGAGAAAUCUAGUUAUUAAGUUGUUAAUCGGAUCUGUUCACGGGAGAGUAAUCCCCC